CGAAAUGUCCUGCGCGAGGCGGGCCAAAGAAACGCGUGUCCCCGCCUAACUCAGCCAGCCUCGCCCUCUGUCCCCACCCCACUCCCUUUUUCAGGGCAACGAUUGGCUAUUCUUCCGUUCAGCCCAGUUUCCAUUCGUUGAUCCCUCUGCCCACUUCCCAAUCUCUCUCCGCUUCGGUAAAGCUGUGGACGUGGUAGGGGAACAGGGGAUGGCGAGAGGGUGACUGAGGUGGCUGCGCUGCGGGGAGGAACAAUGGGGCGGGAGUCGUGGCUGCUGUGGUGGCUCAGCCUGUGGAGCAGCGCCUGCCUCUGGCUCCGGGCAGCCCAAGCGAAGACCGUCCAAGGGGGCUUCUCCAGCGCCGCUGCCAGGGCCGGCGGCGGUCAGGUGGUGGCUCAGUUCCAGUUCCAUGGUGAUUGUGCUCUUCUGUAUGUCAGAAUCAACAAUGUAGCAACAGCUAUUGGAAAAGAAGCCAAACUUCACCUGUUUCAAGCUCAGGCAUGGCUAAAGCUUCAAGAAAGCCCUCAAGAAUACAACUGUGUGCAGAAAUUGUCCAAAGCUCCGUUGACAAUGAACAUGAACUGCACAGAACAAAAUUUGACAGUGUCCCAGGUUCCAUACCCAGAUACAUGGUAUGUGUUUUAUGUCGACAAGUUUACCUGUGAGAAGAAUUAUGAAAACUCUGAAUCCGAGGAUGUUCAGUUUGAAAUGGUGUUACUAAACCCAGAUACAGAAGGGAAUCCAUUAGAUCACUUUAGUGCAGGGGAAUCAGGCCUACAUGAAUUCUUCUUCCUGCUUGUCCUGGCAUAUUUUGUUGCUGCCUGCAUAUAUGCUCAAUCACUGUGGCAAACCAUUAAGAAAGGAGGGCCUAUGAACACAGUGUUAAAGGUUCUAUCAACUGUUUUGCUGUUGCAGGCUGCUUCAGCAUUUGCAAACUACCUGCAUUUUUCAAGUUACUCUAAAAAUGGAGUAGGGGCACCUUUUAUGGGAAGCCUUGGAGAGUUGUGUGACAUAGUUUCUCAGAUGCAGAUGCUAUACCUACUACUGAGUUUGUGUAUGGGAUGGACAAUCGGCAGAAUGAAGAAAUCUCAGAGCAAGCCUCUCCAGUGGGAUUCUACUCCAACCUCCACUGCCAUUGCCAUAGCUGUUGUUGUAGCACAGAGUAUUUUACUAAUUUGGGAGCAGUUUGAAGAUACUAAUCACCAUAGUUACCACACACACCAGAGCUUAGCAGGUGGACUUCUCAUUGGCUUGAGAAUUUGCCUAGCUCUGUCACUAGGCUGUGGUCUUUACCAGAUCAUCCGAACUGAGAGAAGUACACUGAAAAGGGAAUUCUAUAUUACCUUUACAAAGGGCUGUAUUCUGUGGUUUUUAUGUCAUCCUAGUCUUGUGUCCAUUUCUCUAAUAUUUAGAGACUACCAGAGAGAGAAGAUCAUAACCAUAGGCGUUGUACUUUGCCAGUUGUUCUCCAUGGUCCUCCUGUACCGACUUUUUGUUUCCCACAGUCUAUAUUGGGAAGUGUCUUCGCUCUCAUCAGUAACAUUGCCACUUACUGUAGCAUCUGGACAUAAAAGCCGGCAUCACUUCUGAGAUGUUUCUGGGAAAUUCAUUGACAAAGGUGCAAUAAAGAAAAUACUUGAGAAUUAUGCAUCUGUUUCAGCAGUAAAUACACUACAGAGGUUUUCCUGAAAAUGUUUACUCAAAAUACAGCAUUUCACAGUUGGAUCUGAACAAGUAUAGAUCUGAGGUAACCUUUAUCAAAUGUAGUGACAAGCAAAGAUGUUGGUUUUGUUAUUUUGGACAUAGAUAAAGCAAAUUCUUAGCCACAAUAUUUUCACUCCAAAACUUCCUCAUCUUAUAAAGUCCAAAUUUCAAUAAUGACAAGCUUAAACUGACAGUUUUGUAAUUAAAAUAAUGUAUUGGUUUGAGGUUACUUCUUCGUGUAUUCUUUGAAACAAACUAUAAUGUGUGCAUAAGUUAAAAAGGGAAAUUGUAAUAGCUCCAGGAAACCAGUGUAAAAUGUUUACAGAAAACUGUAGUUCUCAUUUAUUUGGGGGUGGGUUUUACCAGGAGAGAGAAAAGCACUUUCUUGCCUUGAGAUCUGGAAAGUAGUUCAGAUUUCAGCUUGAUCACCAGUGGCUUCUUACAUUCUAUAUUUCUGAUAAAUGUUACAAGAGCAGAGGAGUGAUGGGCUAACUACAGCAGAUUCUUUUUUUUUUUUAAGAAACUGCAACAUGAUAAAAACAGCAGGCUUGUGUCUCUUAAACUGAGGGUGGAAAUGGAAUAUGUGAUGCAGUACUAGAAUUUUAAUCCUGAUAUAAUUCAUUACUUUUACAUUGAGGAUUCAAUCAUAAUUAAGCCAUAUACACAGAUUAAAUUAACAGAAGCAUUUCAAAUAAAUGUUAGUUUCAGUCAUCAACUACCCAUGAAUUCCUGCCCAAGGAUACUUAAUCAGGAUUAAAUUUUCUAUGAAUAAUUGAAAAACAAAAUACUCACUGGAUUUGUUAUAAUCCAUGUUGGCAUUAGGUUCUAAGUAGUUGCCAUCUCCCACCCAUUGUAGCUGAACCAUGCUUUCAAAUGAUGCCUAGCAUUCAAACUGCCAUUGUAAAUAUAUACUUUAUUGAAGUGCCUAUUUAUUGAGCCAGAUUAAAAUCAGAUGGACAUUUUUGUUAUAUAAAAUAAACAUUCCUGUUAAGUAACUGGCUUUUAUUCAAUGCUUUUGCAUAUUUUUAAAACCACAUUUGUAAUGGGUGUGUUGGAGCAAAUGUGAGGCUAGUUUUAAAAUGUAUUACUGUAUGUUCACAUUUUCUCUCUCUUACAGACACAAGACUGUGCUUAUUCUGUGUUUAUACUGUCAUGAGAAGCAGGCGUGAAAGCUGAUUGAUUCAUGCUUAUUUGCUCUUCCUGCUUGCUCUGAGGCAAUGCACAGUGUUGAUCCAAUUGCCAGAAAAAAAGGAGGGCAUACAAAACUCAUGUUACCUACUUAUCCUACAUUCCCAUUUCUGUCCUUCACACUCGGACUGGCACCAUUGGGAAUAUAACUACUGUAGACUUAUUCUCAAAGCACUUGGUCUGCGGGGUGGGGGGCGGGUGGAUCCUUUAGGAAGCCUGCGGCUGCAGUCCUGAAACUGCACAAGCUUGAACACAAUUUUAGGAAUGCAGCCUUGAGAAUCACAGACAAUAGUCUUCAAAAGCACCAGUACAAGAACUAUCAGCACUAAAGCUGAUAGAGUGCUUUGAGAAUCAGUCCCAAUAUUUAAUUUUAAGUUUAUAGGUCCCACAAAUAUUUGCAUCUGACUAAGGCACAGAGCAGCCUGACAAAAAUCAUUCAUUAAAUAAACUCAUUCAUUACUCUUUGUAAUUCUGGAUAAGAAUAGCAAGUUGAGGCUUGAAAGACUGAGAUCAUAUAAUUUUAUGCCAUCGGCAGAAUUAAUGCAAAAUUAAUUUUUGCAUUUCUCUGUUAACCACAUCAAAAUAUGUUUUGGUUAAAGUUGUGUUUAUCUCUGUGCUCAUAUUCAUAAUAGGAAAAGUGCACAAGCGUAAUACUACAGGAAAAAAUCAAUCUUAAUUUCCUGUCAAAUGAACACUUACACAGACAAUGUUUGUUCCGGAAGUCAAGAAUUGGGCCUGUUGUAUCUUGCUUGAUAAAAGCUGUGUGUGUUCAGAAAAAUUGCUCUAAACUCUCAAAAGGAACACAUGGAGUCUUGCACUAUUCAGGCAGUGUGAUUGCUUUUUUCAUGUGGUUGGCUUCCAUACUGCACUAGUAACAUUUGAAAAGGGAAACCAUGCGGGAUGGGCAGACCUUCACCAUGGCCUGUGAUGCUGCCAUGUUAAAUAUUAGUAGUGGCAGGGGAGAAUCCUAUUACACGGAUGCAGCAACCAUGCUGCUGCACCGGUAACUCUGCCCUUAGUAUUAUCAUUACUAGAUAUAGUGGGACUCCUACUAAUGAAUAGGAUGAUACAGUGGGCAUCCUGAUUAGUUAGUCAUGACUAAGCACCACUAAAUUAAGAGACAAAUAAAUAACUACUAACGCAAGUCCAAUUAAUUUCAGUGGGACUUAGUCAUGACUAACUUAUAAUGCUGCACAGUGGUUCUAAUAAUGCAAAUAUUAGAGAUAUAAUAAUCCACAGAUCUGGAAGUGAUCCAUUGUCAUAAUGAGAAAUGGGUUACUGCACCUGUGCAGGGACCUUCCAGAUCGAUUAAUUGGCUCCUCUCAGGGAGGUGCCCCUCCCUGUCGUGCACGUGCUCAGUGCCUUCCUUUUAUUUGGCAGCAGGACGCCAUUUUGAUUCAGUUUCUUUUCAAUCAUUGAUGCAUUGAGACCUUCGGGUUGUUGCUUCUCAAUGAUUAGAAAAGAAAACUUUAUUUGAUUGGAUUAGACUGUGUUUUUUGACCUACAGACUGUGAGUUUACUAUUUGUUGGGUUUUGGAUGUUGGACUUGGUUGUUUGGAUUUCUAAGGCUUUGCCGUUAGAAUGGAGGGAGCAGAGAGGAAAAGACUACUUUCAAAUGUUGCUCUCAAUGUAGAGCAAAAUUGCCUUCUACUGAUGAACAUGACCUGUGCCUGUUGUGUUUGGGUAAACAGCAUGUCCCUGCCACAUAUAGGAUUUGCAAAUGGUUUUCAAAACAAACUUUCAAAAAUUGAUUGCACCUCAGAGUGGCUUUGUAUGGCAAUGUGCUGUGUCCGACACCAAGACCGGAGUUGACAUCGAGAUCGACAUCUAUGGGCUCGGCAGCAAAGUCGACAUUGACUGUUACGAUGUCAGAGUCAGGGUCUGUGCGUGCACAGUCUAAAACCCUGGUGAGUGACCCAGAAGAGAUCAUCUUCAAAAAGCCGAGGAGCUCCGAUGCCAGACAUAAGAAACAUAAACGGCAUCGAGUCUCUUCUAACACCAACUCUCCACCUCCAAAGAAAUAUAAAUCGAAGACUCCACAUCCAUCAAGAUCGAGGACUCCCUCUCCUAUGUCGAUUCAAUGUUGAGAUUAGUCUACAUCGAUGGAUUCUUCAUUACCGAACCCUUCAACAUUGAAGACUUCUCUACUCUCCACUGGCCCUCUAAUGUGUCCAACGUUGAUCAUGUCGAUGUUGGCGUCGACAUCAAUGCUGACCCUGAUACCAAGCGUGUCAUAUCGAUGGCUGAUGACAAACAUAGAUUGACUCAACGGAAUGUUCAGAGUUCACCAUUGGCAACAGUGUCUCCUCAUUCCUACAAGUCUCAUCUCCAGUGUGGACACCGGUGAGGUCUCCUCCGCUGUUUUUUUACAAUACUGAUGAUACCUUCUUAGAUCAGAGCACUGCAAUGUUGCUAAUGAGUAUGUUGGACUCUGCCACCAGCGCUCCUUCAGGUUCCACAUUUUGGGGUUCCUGAAUGGCAGCUUGGAUAUUGAUGUUGAUGCUGAUGGAGACUCAACUCCUAAAACUCCAUCCAUGUCACCUUUUGCAAGUUCUACGACCUGAACAGGUCUCUCCUCUUUCCAACCAGUACGACCUGCUACACUGAUGGCCACUUUGCCGGUUACUACCACUGCGACUCUCUGGAGGCUGUCCUCUACGUUUGUCCCUUUACAAUCUUUAGCGCCGCAAAGGGACCCUACACGUGUGUGAUUUUAGACACACAAUGCCUCUGUGCAACUCAACUGGACUUUGCAGAAUUUCAGUUAUGGAGGGUGCAGCAUAUGCUAUAAGGCCAUAUUGCACAACAACUACUUGACUCUGUACAGCAAUAUGUGCUGCCUCCCACCACCCCGUUCUAUGGCUGUGGCAUCUGUGAGGGUGAGCCGGGGGUUCAGACUACACUCUUUCCGGUUGAUGUGCCUGUUGCGCCUGUGGCACUGUCCUUACCUCAGCGUCCAAUAACGCCACCUCCUGCUGGCAAUAGUGCGCACCUGCCCCCACCUGCACACCCGGUGGGUGCCCCAGUAUCUGUUCCGGAGGUGGUUUGACAACUAUAAUCCAACGGUCUAACAACUCUUACAGUUCCUCCGAUUUUGUUGGAGCUGAGCACAGAUAGUGAAGGGGGAAUUCCAGACCAUCCUUCAGACCCACCCUCAGACGUACCCCUGAAACCUUCCACCUCACCUAAUGAGGAAUUGAAAUCAUACACUAAGAUGAUACAGCAAAUGGCUGAGUUCCUAGGUCUAGAGAUAAAAUGUCCUGCUCUAGACCUUGAGGAUCCUGUUUACAAGAUGAUGGCCACAGUACAAUCGACACAACCUGUUGCCUUGCUCAUGUUACCAGUUAUCACUAAAGUGGCUAAGACAGCAUGAGAAGUCUUGCAAACUUCUACCCCAACUUCCAAGUGUCUAGAGAAUUUGUACCACAUCCAAGAGAAGGAGAAUGCUUACCUUUUUAAAGCAUCCAAUUCUGAACUCGUUAGUAAUAGACUGCACAGCCUCAUCCAAAUUGGGCCACCAUCAUUCAACCCCUUCCGAUAAAGAGGGUAGAAAGCUGGACAUUUUUGGCUGCCAUGUUUACUCAACUGCGAGCCUGUCUAUUCAUAUUGCAAAUUAUGUGGCCUGUAUGGCCCAUUACAAUUAUUGCCUGUAGGGACUCCUUACAGAAGGAGCUCUCCUCGCUGAAACCAGAGGACUUUGUCUAAAUAUGAGGAGAUGAUUAACAAAUCAGCUGAACUUACCAGACAGCAGCUAAGUACAUUUAAACACUUGGCAGAAACUGAAUCUAGAGCAAUGACCACUGCAGUUUCAGGUGCCAUGCCUGGUUACAUUCUUCGACCCUGCAGAAUGACAUGAGAGAUCACAUUGAAAAUCUGCUGUUCAGUGGCAAAGAUCUCAGUGAGACAACAGAGUCUACGAUGGAGACUUUAAAGAAAUCGAAGUUUACCACAAAGAGCGUUUCAUCUACUAUGACGACUACUCAAUGCUCUUCUUUCUACCAGAACUUCAAUCGACAACGUUCUCGCUUCCGGUAUCAAGACCAUAAAGAUUAUAAGAAACAAUACAAGCCAUACUACAAAAAGGGCUUUGGACAGAAGAACAAAAAUCAAGGACCCUGUGCUAGAAAAUAUGCCUCCAAGCAGUCCCUUUGAUUCCCAAGAUCAUUCCCUGCACAUACCAUCAUCGCCUGCUGGAGUUUUGAACACUGAAGUACUGCUAUCAGUGGCAUGCCUGUAAUAUCUCCUCCUUUGCCACUCUGUGUCAUCGGACCAGCCAAUCAUGCUUUAGCAUGGCAUCAGAUGACAUCAGACCAGUGGGUCUUAAGAACUAUCAAUAUGUGUUAAGCAAUUUAGUUCAAAACUUUGCCAGAUUUCAAGGACAUGAAGAUCACUCCCCCAGCACUCGCCUUGUGGGAUGCUGCAAGGAAUUCUUCCACUUCUCGCCAAAGAGAAGGGGUUGUUGCCCGCUUGACAAGGACAUCUGAGGAGGCCCUGCUCCGGGUGCCGACAAUGAGAGAGGCCCGGCUGUCGUGCACUCGGAACAGGGCCUUCUCUGUUGCUGCUCCCAGACUUUGGAAUGCUCUCCCAGUGGCCAUUCGCUCCUCGGACUCCAUCAUGGCUUUUAGAAAGCUUGUUAAAACUUGGCUUUUUACCCAGGCUUUUACAUAAUCGUUUUUACUGCUGCUUCUGUGUGUUUUUGCCUGUUGUAUUGUUUUUAUGCCUGUAUUUCAUAUGUUUUUAUAUUUUUAGCUUGAUGUUUUUAUUGCCUUUUUAUUGUAUGUUUUAAUUUUUGUAAAUCGCCUUGGGGUUGUCUUUUAACGAAAGGCAGUAUAUAAAUGCAUCAAUCAAUCAAUCAAUCAAUAAAGAGAAGUAACUUGCUA